AGAGAGAGGGAAAGACUGAGACAAACAUCAAUGUGAGAGAAACACAUCGAUUGGUUGGCUCCUACGCAUACCCCGAUCAAGGCCCGGGGCCAAGGAGGAGCCUGCAACCAAAAGGUAUUUCAAUCAAAGGAAGAAAUAGCUCUUCUAAGAUGGAAUCUGUUGUUUGGGAAUGUGGUUGAUCAACUUGAUAUGUUGGCCAAAUGUGCCCUAUGUAAUAAAAUGAAAAGAAGAGACAAGAUGAUGUCAUUUUCCUGUAUUGUGAAACCAAAAACAAAUGCCUUUUGUGAGAUCAAGCUAACAAACCUCUGACAGUGCAAAGAGUAUUUAACUGUUUGAAGAACUUAAUAGUAAAAUAUAGAAGAGUACUUCUUCAAGCUGAGACCUGCAGGUGUACAAAGAUCUAAAAUACAUAUCAUAGGCCUGAUCGUCCAAAUCUCAUUCAGAUCCAAGAAGGAUGGCUAUGAGUUGGAUCGUCUUCUAUCUUUGGCCCUUGACUAUGUUUGUGGGGCAUAUAGGUGGGCACAGUUUGUUUUCUUGUGAACCUAUUACCUUGAGGAUGUGCCAAGAUUUGCCUUACAAUACUACCUUCAUGCCUAAUCUUCUGAAUCAUUAUGACCAACAGACAGCAGCUUUAGCAAUGGAGCCAUUCCACCCUAUGGUGAAUCUGGAUUGUUCUCGGGAUUUCCGGCCAUUUCUUUGUGCACUCUAUGCUCCUAUUUGUAUGGAAUAUGGACGUGUCACACUUCCCUGUCGUAGACUGUGUCAGCGGGCUUACAGCGAAUGUUCAAAACUUAUGGAGAUGUUUGGUGUUCCUUGGCCUGAAGAUAUGGAAUGCAGUAGGUUCCCAGAUUGUGAUGAGCCAUACCCUCGACUUGUGGAUCUGAAUUUAGCUGGAGAUCCUACUGAAGGAGCCCCAGUGGCAGUGCAGAGGGACUAUGGUUUUUGGUGUCCCCGGGAGUUGAAAAUUGAUCCUGAUCUUGGUUAUUCUUUUUUGCACGUGCGUGAUUGUUCACCUCCUUGUCCAAAUAUGUACUUUAGGAGAGAAGAACUAUCAUUUGCUCGAUAUUUCAUAGGAUUGAUCUCAAUCAUUUGCCUCUCUGCCACGUUGUUUACUUUUUUAACUUUUUUGAUUGAUGUCACAAGAUUUCGUUAUCCUGAAAGACCUAUUAUAUUUUAUGCAGUCUGCUACAUGAUGGUAUCAUUAAUUUUCUUCAUUGGGUUUUUGCUUGAGGACCGAGUAGCCUGCAAUGCAUCUAGCCCUGCACAGUAUAAGGCUUCCACAGUGACGCAAGGAUCUCAUAAUAAAGCUUGUACCAUGCUUUUUAUGGUACUUUAUUUUUUUACUAUGGCUGGCAGCGUUUGGUGGGUAAUUCUUACCAUCACAUGGUUCUUGGCAGCUGUGCCAAAGUGGGGUAGUGAAGCUAUUGAGAAGAAAGCAUUGCUGUUUCACGCCAGUGCAUGGGGCAUCCCUGGAACUCUAACUAUCAUCCUUUUAGCGAUGAAUAAAAUUGAAGGUGACAAUAUCAGUGGCGUGUGUUUUGUUGGCCUCUACGAUGUUGAUGCAUUGAGAUACUUUGUUCUUGCACCCCUCUGCCUAUAUGUGGUAGUUGGGGUUUCACUCCUUUUAGCUGGCAUUAUAUCCCUAAACAGAGUUCGAAUUGAGAUUCCAUUAGAAAAGGAGAACCAAGAUAAAUUGGUGAAGUUUAUGAUCCGGAUUGGUGUUUUCAGCAUUCUUUAUCUGGUACCACUCUUGGUUGUAAUUGGAUGCUAUUUUUAUGAGCAAGCUUACCGUGGCAUCUGGGAAACAACAUGGAUACAAGAACGCUGCAGAGAAUAUCACAUUCCAUGUCCAUAUCAGGUCACUCAAAUGAGUCGUCCAGACCUGAUUCUCUUUCUGAUGAAAUACCUGAUGGCUCUCAUAGUUGGUAUUCCCUCCAUAUUUUGGGUUGGAAGCAAAAAGACAUGCUUUGAAUGGGCCAGUUUUUUUCAUGGUCGUAGGAAAAAAGAGAUAGUGAAUGAGAGCCGACAAGUACUCCAAGAACCUGAUUUUGCUCAAUCCCUCCUGAGGGAUCCAAAUACUCCUAUUAUAAGGAAAUCAAGAGGAACUUCCACUCAAGGAACAUCCACACAUGCUUCUUCAACUCAGCUGGCUAUGGUGGAUGAUCAGAGAAGCAAAGCAGGGAGUGUCCACAGCAAAGUGAGCAGCUAUCACGGCAGCCUCCACAGAUCUCGUGAUGGCAGGUAUACUCCCUGCAGUUACAGAGGAAUGGAAGAGAGACUACCUCAUGGCAGCAUGUCACGACUAACAGAUCACUCCAGGCACAGCAGUUCUCAUCGUCUCAAUGAACAGUCACGACAUAGCAGCAUCCGGGAUCUCAGUAAUAAUCCUAUGACUCACAUCACACAUGGCACCAGCAUGAACCGAGUUAUUGAAGAAGAUGGAACCAGUGCUUAAUUUGUCCUAAGGUGGAAAAUUUGUGCCGUUUAUAAAGCAGAUUUUAUUCUUUGCCUUUAGCAUGACUGACUGCUGUAACUCACUGUUAUCAUGCGUUCAGUCAGGUGCAGAUUGUGUCCAUUGGAAGAGUAAAUUUUUGCUUUUUAUAUUGCAUCAAACUUGGAAUAUUAAGGCGUCUUAAAAUUAUAUUGUCACAUAAAUAAUUCUUAUUUCUAGGUAAUGAAGAGAGAAUUAUUUGUCUGGUAAGCAUUUUUAUAAACCCACUAUUUUAUAUUUAGAAAAAUCCUAAAUGUGUGGUGACUGCUUUGUAGUGAACUUUCAUAUAUAAUGUCAACUAGUUGUGAGACAACAUUCUAGUCGUUCUGUUAAUAAAACAAAAUUUCAGAAUUAAAGAAUUUUCUAUGCAAGGUUUAUUUCUCGGAUGAAUGGUAGGAUUUUGUAGUUUUAUUUCCAUAAGUGAAAAAGAACUGUGGUUUUAAACUGUAAGAGAAUUUGAUACAUCAGCAAGGGUAUUUUAACUGAUAAAAUAUAAGAUCAACAGAAGAAUCUGAUUAGAGUAUUGAAGGCUCUUUCAAAAUUCUAUCAAAAUAAAUUUCAUCCAGAGAGAUACAGGAUUAGGAAUAUCAGUGGCCAUUUUUUCCCUAUAAGUGAGCUGUUUUUAUUACUUUUGUAAAUAUUCCUUUUACUGGCAGUGUUUUUAUAACUUAUCCAUAUGCAUGUUGGAAAAAAUCAUUUGUAGCCUUUUCCCAUGUCGUAAUAUUAAUUCGUAGAGAACUUUAUGUUCAGAUCUGUUCCAUGGAGACGUAAUAAGAUAAGCAUCAUACAUUAUAAGGUUUUUUUGUGGUAACCACAAUUACAAAAUGGCAAAAUGUUUUCUCUGUAUUCAUUGUUGUAUUUUUCUGCAGUGAGAUGUGAUCUUGCCAAAGCCACCAGAUCUUGACAUCCAGCCCCUCCUAUCAAUGAGUUGAUUGUCUGUACUUGCAUUGCCCAGUAGCAAAUAGGCUACAGCUUUUGCCCCCUCCCUUGUAUUCAGAUUCUGGAUCAGUCUUGUUUACAGCUGAAAUAUAUAUAACCUCGAUCCAAAGUGGUGAUUUAUAUGGGGUAUCUGAAAAAUCACUGUAACUAAAUGAAGCAUGAUUAGUCUUGCUGUGAAGUAUCUUGUAAUCUUAAAAAUAUCAACUCAAAAUUUUUGACAUUUUGUCUUGUAACAUAAAUAAUUUACAAUAAAAACUGGUAACUGUAUUAGGCAUGAAAUUGAUCAGAAGAGAAAGAAAAUUUUUGGAAAAUGCUGAAUGUAUUGUAUAGAAAAACAUUUUAAACAAGCAUGUCCUCAACCCCGACUAGAGGUAAGAAUCAUUUGGGGAACCUCUGAUGCUCAAGCCUUCCUCUCAUUCAGAUGAGAAUUGAUAGGUUU